CUUUAUUGCAGCAAGUAAUAAUUGUUAUGUUGGACUUUCCGUUCAAUCCACCGACAGCUUGUAUAAAUUCUUUCUUACGCAGCACAAAGCCCACACUUCCAUAUUUCCCCUCUUAAAACUGCACCUCACUGUUUCCAUAUUUAUGAUCUCUGCACUUCUUUUUAAGUCUUCUCUCCCCAGGAAACAUGGUACAAGCAAAGAAAUUCAGGGGUGUCCGGCAGCGUCAGUGGGGCUCUUGGGUAUCUGAAAUUCGCCAUCCUUUACUGAAAAGAAGGGUAUGGCUCGGGACAUUUGAGACAGCUGAGGCUGCGGCAAGAGCAUAUGACCAGGCUGCUAUUUUGAUGAAUGGACAAAAUGCCAAGACCAAUUUUCCUGUAGCAAAGACUCACCCCGGUGACACGAAUGCUCAUGAUGAUGACUCUCCAUUGCCUCCCAAGGCUUUAUCUGAGCUUCUGAAUGCAAAGCUCAGGAAGUGUUGCAAAGACCAAUCUCCUUCUCUGACUUGCCUCAGGCUUGACACUGAUAAUGCUCAUAUUGGGGUCUGGCAAAAACGUGCUGGCACUCGUUCAAGCUCCAAUUGGGUCAUGAGGGUUGAGCUCGGGAAUAAGAAAAUUAUUCCACCAGCAUUGGAAGAUGGAUCAGCAUUGUCAUCAGGGUUGUCGCCUAUGGCUGAUGAGAUUGAAACUGGAAGUGUGAUGGGAGAAGAGGACAGGAUUGCAAUGCAGAUGAUUGAAGAAUUACUCAAUUGGAAUUGUCCUAUGACUUCAACUUCAGGUGGAGUUUAGAAAAGACAUCCUUAGAAUAGCAUGUACAUCCUCUGCAAAAACCACUCAAGUCCUUUUCAUUUUGCCUUUCCUGGUCAUAAAUCAUUCAUCUACCAUCGUCACAUGUAAAAGUGGUGAAAUAUUCAGUAUCUUUCCCGGUAAUUAUGAAA